AAAAGACACAAGAUGAUAAAAGAACAGAAUGAGACCGAGUGAGGUCAGAGUCUCAACAAGCCAGCGACGCGCGGGCCAAGCGACCCAAGUUCGGGCAAGAAGAUUGUUGCGGAAGAUCCACCCAGGCUCCUCACUAGCAAGUUCAUCGACUGGGGAUCGUUCUUCUUCUUCUGUCCCUCUCUUCUUUAUCGUUGUAAUUGAAUUGGUUGUUGUUGUAUUGAUCAGCAAUUCAGCGGGGAAGAGGAAGAGAGUUGAAGAAGAUCAAAAGAUAAAGCGGGGAAAAGUCAAGAAAGAAGGAAAGCGACGUAAGGUUAAGUUAGAGGGGAAACAGCCUGAGGCGGUGAUGAGGUCAGAUCGUCAAUGAUCUGGAAACAAUCAAUCCACUUUUUUUUUUUUUUCCUAUUGUCGAUGAUGCUCACUCUUUAGACUUUGCUCUUGUUUCCCCACGUCUUCCCCGGAGUCGAAAUACACUUAUUGUAGGUUCAACAUUGGGUUUCUCCCUAAACAGGUCUAUUCUCUACAGUCUCAAAACAACGUAAGGUUGACGACGAAAU